CAUCAUCAUCCGUAGCCAUUUGGGCUCAAGCGAACCUGGCUCGCGGGCGCCCUCCGCACGCGCGCGCGCUCGCCUGCGUGCGGCCAGCGGCAUGUACCCACUUGGCGCGGCCUGGUCGGGGAGCAGAUCACGGCAGAGGCGUGCCGAGCGAGGCCUGUCGCGCAGCGCGGCGCUGGCGGCGAGAUGCAAGGCGUUCAGGGCGGCGCUGGCGGCGCACUGGGACCUCUGCGACGCCCUGGGGGCCCACGCGCCCUCCCUGGCGGACGCCAUCCGCGCAGCGGAGCUGGUUGGCCUGGACGUGGGGGAGGCGGAGGGGACCCGUGCCAGCGGCAACUGGUGCAGGCAUGCCCCGCCCCCUGGGUCGGCUACCAUCCCGCCCGAGCCCAGAGGUGCAGCCUCGGUGAAGGAGGCCCUGCUGGCAAGCGCGGGCGCGGGUUCGGGCACGGCCCCACGGCAGAGGACCGCCCUGCGGGGGGUGCAAAUCCCUUCAUUCCCGCGACCGUCGUCGCCAAGGGCAUCGAGUACGAGGAGAACGAGUACGAGGAGUACAAGGACGAGGAAAGCGAGGUGCUACCUCCGCCAGCCAGCGGCCUGGAGGACGCCACGACCUGCACGAGCAACGCCGUGGUCGCCGAGUGCCGGGUACCUGGCGGCCCACCCCGCAGCGCUCUUCAUCGGGGGCACGCCGCUGCGCUCGGGUGCCGCGCCCUGCGUCGUGGCCGUGGCGGAGCUGGGCCGUGGAUGGCACGCAGGAGCGCGCACACCGCUGCGCUCGGGUGCCGCGCCGUACAUCAUGGAGCAGGGCCUGGCGAGCGGCACCGAUGGGGACGACCUCGAGGAAACUCCAUGUGCGAAGCGGAAGGUUUUGCGUUCCCCAGCGGCCUCAUCGCCGAGAUGGGGGCCGCCAGCGCGGGGGAUGCCGAGGAGGUGUACAUCGGCUCGCGUGCGAGGAACAUGCGGAGCAGCGGGAGCCCGACUGCAUCGGGGCUGAGAGGGGCGAGCACAAGGAGUACUAGAGUUGGGUGUGCCAGCCCGCGGCUGCUCGAGCGGCCGCGUGUGCAUGUGCGGCCGUUCGUGCGGCGGCGGGCGCAACUCAUGCACGUGGGCACCGACGGGUUCGACAGACAGGAGGCCAAGCGGAGCGACGAGGAUUAGUACUUCGGCGCGCGGAAGGACCUCGGUUGUUACGACGGGGGAGAGGACUCCGACGGCGAGGGGUCCGACACCCCUCCGCCCGCUGGUAAAGGCCAGUUCUUUAUCGAGUACGAAGACAUGGAAGCGAUGGCGGCGGCGGCCAGGAGGCAGUGGACUGCAUCGAAGCGCUGUGGCCCAUCGGAAUGCAGAGGUGGGAUUGCGCGUGUGCGAUGCGCUCCGCCGCUGCUCGGAAGCAGUUUGGGGUGUGCUUGCAUUUGCGUAGGGUGCAGCAGUUCGGUGGGCGUUGGCGCGUCGGCCUCGACUCACCCUGGGAGAGUAGGAUCACCAUCAUCA